GUUUUGAUGGGGCCACAGCUCCAGGUGACAUUAUAAUUGGUGGAUUAUUCCCAAUACAUGAAAGCAUUUCAAAUAGGACAACUAAGGAACGCAGCGAUAGAAGGGAAUGUGACAGGUUCAGCAAAGCUCGGCUGGUCCAGUCUCUGAUAAUGAUUCAGGCGGUGGAGGAGGUCAAUGCUAGGCAUGAGUUGGGGAACUUAACCCUCUGAUAUCGUAUACUGGACUCCUGCUCUGACGUUACCACAGCCCUGAAAAACAGCUUGUCCUUCAUGAAGCUAAACAAUACCCGUAUGAUUGGUGCAGAGCAGACCUCACCACCGGUGCUGGCUGUCGUUGGUCCUUACUACUCUGAGAUAUCCAUAGCUGUUACGAGGCUUCUCAACCUGGAGAAUAUCCCUCAGAUUAGUUAUGGUUCAACUUCUGGUCAGCUCAGUGAUAAAAUGCGUUAUCCAAGCUUUAUGAGGACCGUACCAGAGGAUGAUCACCAAGUUCGGGCCAUCAUCAGUAUUCUGAAAAGCCAUCAGUGGACCUGGAUUGGUUUAGUAGCAACUGAUAGCGAAGCCGGUCGUUAUGCAGUUGAACGCCUCCAGCAGCAUGCAAGUGAGAACGGUAUCUGCAUUGCCUUCACCAAAAUUCUUCACGAGGCUCUGAUUGACCAGUCAUUGGAGGAUGACAUCAGAGACACAGUCAAAAGCAUCACCGAAAAUCCAAAAGUGACAGUCAUUGUGUCCUUUGCAAAGGUUCAUCAUAUGAUGGACCUCUUCAGGAGUCUCUACAAGGAUCAUCGAGGCAAAAAGAAAGUUUGGGUGGCAAACGAUAAUUGGUCAGAAUCAGCCAAAGUGCUGGGGAAUCAAACUUUGAGUGAUGUGGGAACAAUCUUUGGGAUCAUGCUGAAAUCUGGAAACACAACCAAAUACAAGCAGUAUCUCAAAAAUCUUGAUGUAAACCCUGACCAUCAGAAGAACAACACAUUCCUAUAUGAUUAUUUAAACAGUACAGGGAACCAAGAAAAGCCGAACGACACAGCCAAUGAGGAGUUAAUGACGAAUAUAUAUCCCUCUGUUUCCAAUGUGGAGUUGGCAGUUAGAGCUAUUGCUCAGGCUGUUUCAAAUCUCUGCGGCAGCAGGGACUGUAGGACAACCCAGAGAUUACAACCCAUUGAGGUACAAGAAGCCUUAAAGGAAGUAAAGUUCGGCAUGGAUGGUGCACGCUAUGAAUUCAACAAAAGGGGUGACCUCAACACAGGCUAUGAUGUGAUCCUGUGGAAGCAGACACCAACCCUUUUGAACGUACACUACAUUGUUGCUCAGUACUGCAUACAAAAUCAGAAUCUGACUUUCAUCUCGACAAAUACAUUACAAGAUUUCGAAAAAGUCACAAGAGGUGUGAUUUCCAGGUGCUCAAAAAGCUGUUCUCCAGGCUAUAGGAAGCAUUCAGCUCAGAGUCAGCCUGUUUGCUGCUUUCAAUGCCAAAAAUGUCCUUUGCACUACUUUUCCAAUGCCAGCGAUUCCACAAAGUGUUAUCCCUGUAACACUACCACUCAUUACUCUGCUGAAGAAGGUGAUAAAUGUCUCCCCAGGGAAACUGACUAUAUGAAAUGGGAUGAUAUAUAUCACAUAAUUUUGUUAGCAUUUACCUUUCUAGGAGGGCUGCUUACCAUCAUAGUUGGGAUCAUCUUCCUUGUGUGCUGGAAUACUCCUGUUGUUCGUGCAUCUGUGGGACCGAUCUGUAUCCUCCUCCUCUUCUCGCUUUUAAGCACAUUUGCGAGUGUGGCAUUAUUUGGUGGUGAACCCAAGUUAUGGAAAUGCAAAGCAGGGCAUGUACUGUUUAGUUUGAGUUUUACCCUGUGUGUCUCCUGCAUCAUGGUCAAAUCCUUGAAGAUCAUCAUGGCCUUUGAGUUUGACCCCAGGAUCCAAGGACUCCUGAAGAAGCUCUACAAGCCGUACAUGAUUAUUGCAGUGUGCUUUUUGGGUCAGGUGUUCAUCUGUGCCAUGUUGCUGGCCUUUUGUCCUCCAACAAUUGAAAAGAUGAAAAUGAUAAACAGAAAAAAUCUGCUGCUCAGGUGCCGUGAGACAUCCUUUACUACCUUAGGAGCCAUGUUCAGCUACAUUGGUGUUCUGGCUCUCAUCUGCUUUGGUCUCGCUUUCAAGGGCAGAAAGCUGCCUCAAAGUUACAAUGAUGCAAAGUUCAUCACCUUUAGCAUGCUGAUCUACUUCAUCUGCUGGAUCAUCUUUGGCCCAGUUUAUGCCAAUGUCACAAACAAAUACCACUCAGCAGUGGAGAUGGGUGUCAUUCUCAUCUCAGCCUACGGCAUCCUGUCCUGUCAGUUUAUCACAAAGUGUUACAUUAUUCUGUUCAGGCAGAAAGCAAACACAGUGAGCGCAUUCCGGCGAGAUAUUCGAAAUUUUACCAUGAGCAGUACCACUGACGAGCAAGAUGGGGGUUUUGUCUCAUCAUUGAGUUUGGGAGGGAUGCAAAACCCUGCUUUUGAUGUGGCAGCCCCAGCAUCAAAUCCACAGAGAGAUCAAAGCUGGCAGAUCUCACAUCCUGACUAGAAUCCUGCCAGGGUGAGCAGGAGUCUGAUAUAAAGUAAAGGGGUCUUGUCUCACCCUGAUUGGAUUCUAAAUUGCAUAAUCACCUGAUCACUUUACAUUAUCCUGCUUAUAACCCGACUACGAACUAAAGCUACUAACAAGAAAAGCUGACAAGGACUUCUACAAGAAGAUUUAUGUUGUCAUUUCUAUCUUUCUCUGAGCUUUGCAGUUGACACACCUUUAAAUAUGAAUGAGGCAAAUAACUUUAAACAUUGUUGUUAUUGUCACAGCCGCUCAUGGUUUAAGCUGCAAUUGGCCACUUAGGGAUGCACUCACCAACUCUGCUGCUGUUGCCUGGACUGUGGGAUGGGGUUCAUUACUGAAAUAUCCUCCAUGUUGUUUUUUAUUUAAUCUGUUGUUUAGCAAGGAUUCACUCACCUGUCUUUUCCACUGUCCUGAAGUUCCACCAAGGUGAUAGUUUUGUUGAAAAGUAGAUUACAGACAAAUGGCAAGUGGAAUCAUAACCCCAGCAGAAUUAACACCAUUUGAUAACCGAUGCACACAUUUUUUCACCUAAUGUUACUCUCUGGGCUCUGUAUAGUUUUGCUCUCAAUGUUAUAUUUGAAAUAACUCAGAACUGUAUGAUUAUAUGCUGCAAGUUUAUAGGUUCGUAUAAAAAUACAUUAAUAAUUAAUAAUACAUGUUUAACCUCUAGUGAUGCAUUAAUUCCUCAAGUUUAUUUAACUUUCACUAAAUAAACAAGAGGCACAAGACACUUUGGUGGGCUGCAUGAGAAGCGGAAAAAACCCAGAUUGAUUCAGAAUCAAAGAAAUGAUCAAAGUCACAGACAUCUAGUUGUAAUGGUGUUUCAAUGUUAAUGUUAAUACUGUAAAACUGGUCAUUUAAUUUGCAGAACUGUGACACUGGGGCCAUUGUGACAACAGUUAAGCUUUAAUAAUUGCAUUGCUAUUUAACGUAAUGAAGGUUUUCUCUCAUGUUUUUUUUUAUCUGUACUUGUAUCUGUGAUGGUUGAGAAGAUCUUCUGCCUUGGUUUGAUAUUAUAAAAUGUUGUGGUUAUAGAUCACUCAUAUUUAGAUUUCACAAGAAGCUGAUGAUGACUC